AUGGAGAGGUUCGACCUGCAAGAGGCGGCGGACGUCCGAAGCCGUUGGAAGGUCGCCGGAGACGAACCGAGACGGCCGGAAUUAGUCGGAGGCGAAUCUCAGGAAGUGCGGCGACGGCGGCUAUGGCGUGGCAGUUGCAGCGGCUAUUAUGAUGGUCGACACUGUGUGCUCUGUGGGUGUGUGACCGCCGUCAGCGAUGGUAUGGAAGAGGUGAAUGGUUUGAGUCAGACACAAUCUGAUAGCCAGCAAGAUGAAGAUGAUAGAGAAGAGGUGAAUGGUUUGAGUCAGACACAAUCUGAUAGCCAGCAAGAUGAAGAUGAUGGAAAAGAGGUAAAUGGUUUGAGCCAGACAAAAUCUGAUGGCCAGCAAGAUGAAGAUCAUAGGGAAAAGUCUUUGAGGUCAAAACAACGGCCUCUUCCAAAUGGCAGCACUGCUUCCGCAUUGGGAUAUUGGAUGAAGCGCUAUGUUGCGAAUUUUGGCUUGUACGAGAUGAAUGAUCCUCACAAGUGCUCAGACGACCCAGAACAGCCUAAACCACCACCAUCAGGUGGUGAUCUCCGUGGACUGGCAAAGCCUACUUCCCCACCGGGCAUUUCAUCUAAUUCCCACCAUAAAACUGGAAUGCCUUACACAAAAACUACCUUCACAUACGAAGAACUCGCACUUGCAACCGACAAUUUCUCAGGCAACAACCUGCUAGGUCAAGGUGGCUUUGGAUAUGUUCAUAAGGGUGUUCUUUCAGAUGGAAAAGUGGUCGCAAUUAAGCAAUUGAAAGUUGGGAGUGGUCAAGGAGAACGUGAGUUUCAGGCAGAGGUCGAGACCAUAAGUCGUGUUAAUCAUAAGCAUUUAGUAUCACUGGUCGGGCACUGCAUUUCAGGGACUCAAAGAUUAUUGGUAUAUGAAUACGUUUCGAAUCGAACCUUGGAAUUUCAUUUACAUGGGAAGGGAAGACCUUCUGUAACCUGGGCCACUAGGAUGAAAAUUGCCAUGGGCUCCGCAAAAGGAUUGGCCUAUUUGCACGAAGACUGUCAGCCUAAGAUAAUACAUCGUGAUAUCAAGUCUGCUAACAUACUUCUCGAUGAUAAUUUUGAGGCAAAGGUUGCUGAUUUUGGGCUUGCAAGGCUUUAUUCAGAUACUGAUACUCAUGUAUCAACUCGGGUAAUGGGAACUUUUGGUUAUUUGGCUCCGGAAUAUGCUCUCACUGGAAAGCUGACUGAUAAGUCAGAUGUCUUCUCAUUUGGAGUUGUACUGUUGGAGUUAAUCACGGGACGCCGGCCGAUUGAUAAAACACAAAACUACCUUGAUGAUAACAUCAUUGAUUGGGCAAGGCCUUUACUUACGCAGGCUUUGGAAAAUAACAACUUCGAUGGUGUGGCUGAUCCAAAGUUGCAGAAGGAUUAUAAUUCCAUUGAGAUGGCUCGGAUGGUUGCUUGUGCUUCUGUCUGUGUGCGCCAUUUGGCUAGACGUAGGCCACGAAUGAGCCAGAUAAUCCGUGCUCUAGAAGGAAGUUUAGCUUUGGAAGAACUAAAAGAGGGUUCUCAUCCUGGAGACAGUGGAACAUACGACUCGUACGGGAGCUCAGACUACGAUGCCUCUUAUGACACCACACACUACAAAGAGGAUUUGCUGAAAUUUAGGAAGAUGGCCUUUGAAAGCCUCGAGAACAACACAAGCGAGUACAGUGUCCCCACUAGCGAUUUUGGCCGCCAGCCGUCUGGCUCGAGUAGCGAGGUGCUUCCAAACUUAACCAAGAGAGGCGAAAAUGAUUGA